UCUUGCCCAUUGCCCACAGGUAAAACAAGAAACAUCCCAGGUUAGAUCCCUGCUGGAUUGCACUUGUUGCUUGAUAUUUCCUUCAUUGUUUUGCUGUCGGGAAUCAUUCUUGGCAUAUGCAUUUCUGCUGCAUCUGGUAAAACAACGCUUUUCCUCACCCUGCAGGAAAUGCCACUGGAUCCUGUCAAUUACAUAUACAACUAAUAUAUAAACCCAAGGAUGCAUUCACUGAAAAAGACCUGUUGAGCACUAAUUCAUACUGCCCACCUGGUCCAGUUGAAUUGUGAGCUGAAAAAAAUUCUGCAGCCUAAAAAGGGAGAAGAUUGAAGAGCAAGAGACCCAUUUUGUUGUGGGGUUUCCUUUAUCAGAGAAGGGGCCAGACAUCCAUUUGACUGUGACAUCACUGUGUGGUGGAAAAAAACAUCACCAAAAGAUGGACUGUGAUAUCACAUCCUUCACUGGUUAUGUGUGUGCCUGCGGAGCCUUGCUGGGCCAGCUUAGCUCAAGCCUGGACUUCUGCUGAGUGUGCGGGCAAGUGGGAGCUCCUUCUAUAGCUCUCAGUUCUCCCCAGCCUGCUUCAGCAAGACAUGGCCACAAGGGCAGACUGGAGCUGCCCCAUCUGCCACAGCAGUCAGAGUGAUGUGGCAUCUGCUGUGCCCUGUAAUGACCGGUUCUGCCUGGGCUGCAUCCUGCGGUGGGCAAACACAAAUCCAGUGUGCCCAGUCUGCAGCAGACGUAUGGAGACUGUCAGGUUUUCUGAGCGGAACAAACGGGACUAUCUACAGUUUGCCAUCACAGCCUCAGAAGCGUUGGCAGAGGACAGCAGCCAGGCAGGGAAUGCUCCAUUCUACCUGGCCCGAAAGAGACUCCAUCACCCCAGGGUGUCCCCUCCACCUUCUCCACAAAGGAUGCUGUCUCCAGAUGAGCAGGGGACUGUAGAGCCAGUGUUCAUGGGUGGCCUAUUGCCUGAGGUCUGGGCAGAACUUUUCCAAAGGCAACAGCAACUGCUGGACCCUGUGCUUCCCUGGCUGCGCUGGAGGCUGGAAGCAGUCUAUCACGAUCAGUGGUGGCGAGCAGAGGCUGCAGAGAGCUCCAUCCUGCAUGGCCUCUGUGUCUGUGGUCCAAAUGCAGAGAUCUUAAUUGAGCUGCUGGAACCUCUCCUCAAUGGGCACACAGCAUCGCUGGUUUAUGGCAUCAUGAAUGUCAUUGCAGGCCAGUGCAGUGACAAAGCCCAGAGGCUGCUGUGCUUCCAUCAUGCCAGUACCAACUCCAGUAGCUCCAGCUACACUAGAUCCCGGGAAGUGACUCCUACCAGUGGAACCACAGGCUCUGAGGUGGAGGAGGAAGCCAGUACAUCAGAAACUGGUCUCCAACAGAGUCCCAGCCACCCCCCAACUAUGCCCACCUCCUUAGAGCAGGACCAGCCCCAGGAAGAGCAGGAGCAGACGGUGGUGGCAGCAGGUCCAUCUGCUCAGGGCUGCAGCCCCUCUCCUCCUGACCAGGCCAGGGACCACUCUUCUAGGCAGCCUCGGCAUGCUCGGAAGAAGAGAGCCCGUCGCGCCCAUGAUUCUCCCUGCCCAAAGAAGAGGCCACCUCGGCAGCAGCACUAGCAGACCUCCAGGAACUAUUCAACCAAGAAAAAGGAAAUAAAUUGUCAUUUCCCUGACAAAGUCUCUGAGUGCUGCCUUCUCCCCCUUCUGGUGCCUUUCUCUGGCCCCCAUACUCCACCAUCAGCCAAGAGUGCCCGGGACUCCAAGGUCAUUUCAGCAGUGCCUUCUCACACAGGAAAUGAUGCUGCAGCUGUGAUGAUUGAAAAACUUUCAAACAAGCACUGGGGUGAUGCUACCAGAAGUAUCAGGAGUGAAAGGCUGACCAGGCAUUUAUCACAUGAGAAGAGGAAAACUCUGAUAGUGCCUAACACAAUUUCUGCCUAAAACAUUAGUGCCAAAUGUACAGUUUGAUGAUGUCAGAUACACUCAGAGGACAGGUACAGCCUGAAGGUACCAAUAACAGUUCAUUCAAUCAGUGGGAGACAAAAGACCUACACAUUAAUGUAGAAUGU